UAUAUUUAUUUAACCAGUGGUCAGAGUGAUUGUGAACGUUACGACGUCCGGUCACCGAGGAGGUCUAUUUCUGAGCACAGGGGUUAUUUCUGUCUGAUUUUUUAAACGUCGUCUUAUUCUCCGAGUCGGACCAGCCCAUUUCGUGACUUGUGCCUCAGUGCUUAUUUGUCGAGUUUUAAAAGCCAAACAGAAACAAGGCGACAUGCCGGGGGGCUUAGGAGCCUCUUACAGGUCGCUUACGGGCGACGUGUACAAGACGACCACAACCAACAACGAGACAAAGUUUAGUGUAAUAGAGACCGUCAAGAAAGCUUUUAGCUUCACCAACAGCCAAAAGCAAUCGGAACCACUGAUUGGAAAGGAUCACGGAGCCGUCAUCAUGCCUAGGAAGAUGCCAACUUCCGCGACAGCAGAGGAAACUGCUCUCCUUGGUACGAUGCCUUCGGACAGUAUGGACGACAUCGAACUCAAGAACAUCCAGAUGCAUAUGCCGACGACGAGGAGCCUCAGCAGAGACGAUCCGAGCAUCGAGGAGGUCCGGGUCCAGACUGACCGGGGGCAGCUUCUCGUCGCCAUCCAGGGCAACCGAAACAAACCCGCCAUCCUCACUUACCACGAUCUAGGCCUUAACUGUGAGUAAUUAAAAUAUACAUAGUUGUA